AUGGGUGAGCCCUCUCUCCCGCUGGAGGCACUUCUUGAUCCCGGAAAAUCCCUUGUGGUGCGGUUUGUUAGCUUUGAGGGUCAAGAGUUCACGCGUGAGUUUUCGAGGUUAAGCUACGACGCAAGCCAAGUUGAUGACCUGAUUUGUUCUGUUAUUCACCACAUAGCCUCAGUGACUCCAACAGUUGUGUUUCAUGUUUACACCUGGGCACUCACAGUGGAUGGGUUGUCGGAUGCACGACAGGCCAUAAUUCAGCGCUUCUCAAGCAAUCAGCCUACUGCUGCUUUUACUCUGAUCAAGUGUCUUCUUGCGCUGACUCGGCAGGUGUCUGCUGCUGGCCAUGACGGAUUUGGUGAGUUGCACAACAUGCUUUUAGUCCUGUCUAGGCAUUAUUAUUCCCAUUUUUCCUCUGCUGGGCCAACGAUCUACUCCAAAAUGGAACAAUUGCUUUUGCUUGUAUCUUCACAUUACACCGAGUUGACUUCUCCAGAAGACAUCAUGACAGACACGAAGCUCCGGACCUUCCGAUCUCUCCUCUUAGAGCUCACUCCCAUUGGCUUUGAGUUUCUUCUGGAGUCAACUGAGUGCUAUCAUCUCUAUCUAGACAGCGUACGUGUACAAAAAGCCCUGAAAUCAAUGUACGGGUCAUUAUCUUCAUCUUCUUCUGGCGAAAGCCUUCCGGAAAAAAGACUACUGACAAUAUGUGAUCUUCUUCCCAGUACGGUGGCAGCAAUUGGGCCCUUUGUCUUACUGUUAGAAAAGGAGACCUUGGGGUUCACUCAGAACUUUAACAAUGGCAUCUUUAGUUGUUUGUGUAAAGAGCUUCAGCACAAGGCUGAUUCGGACUUGGUUAGUAUUUACAUCUACUCAUCUCUACUUUCUCUCCACCGCGGUCUGGUCUCAUUGAGAGAGCAGGCAGUUAAUUUGGUGGACACAGACAGUCUUUCUGUCCGUGUAGAGUUACUGGUUUCACGCUUUUCCAGUCUAUGCCUUACCGGAUCUCGCGAAUUUCGUGUUUGCUUUGUCAAUGAUCGUCUUUGUACAUUCGUUUACUGGCUAUGCAUUUUUCACGCUAUAUCUAUAAUUUUAAAUGCUCUAGCCUUGCAACUAUCUUGCCCUAUUCACAGCGAUCGUUCCAUGCUCUCUGCCUUAACUAGUAACAUCUUUCAGCAAUUGAGUUCUCAUAAUUUUGAUACGCUUCCAUUUCUUGAUGAUCUAGAGGAAAGUCAGCAGGAUGUCAUCAAGCUAUGCAAUUUGUGUUUGCUGGGCCGGGACACUACUGAGCUAGAUACGGUGAGCUGUGUCUUGACGCUUCAGCUGCACAUCUUCUUGUAUCGCAUGCACACGUAUCAACAUGGUUCAGCUGAGAUAGAGAAGAGCAGCUUUACUUUACGUAUCAAUAACACUCUGCUUGACCCCCCUUUCCCUUCAGCAGACACUUGUUCUGCCAACAUCUUUUUAUCACUCCUCUCUUCCUGGGACUUCCUAUUUUCUGAAGAAUAUAGUGCCAUCUUCAGGCCGUCAGAGCCUACUAUGCAGCCUACACACGCAUAUGCUAUUUUAAAUGCAUGCAGAGACAGAUAUGCCGGCACAUUAUCAGCUUUAGAAGCACUGCGCCUUGUGCUGCAUAUCUUGAAGGCUGUUUGCAUAGACUAUCUCAGUGAGCAUGAAGUAACCUGUCUGCACACUACUUUGCAAACUCUUUUACUGCAGCUAACAGCUACUGCUGCUGAUAUUAAUGUUGAUGCUGCUGAUGUCGUUCUGGCUGAUAUUCUGGCACAAAUUAUCUCCAUUAUGCAAUCUAUUUUAUUGUCAAACAAGUACAAUGAGCUGCUAAACCAUAUCAGCGGUCUGGGGAGCUGUGUUGGCUGUGUUUCGUCAUCUGUGCAAUCCACUUCAAUCGGCCUUUUCCCAAAAACAGCAGAAUUCUGUAGAUGUAUUCCUUCUUUGAGUCUCUGCAUUCUAUCUCUGUUUAUUGAUCAUCACGUUGGCGCCGGCAAAGAGCUUUCUACAUUAAUUACAUUUGUCUCAUUCUUGCUGAGCGAUGAUACUCAUUACAUCCCAGUGCGGAAUGAACAGUGCAAUGUGUACGCCACGACUGUCGUGGUAUUGAAGAUCACAGGGCUCCUGCUCACUACUUUCUCUGAUAAAUUGAUGGGUGGUGCAGCUAUGUACUUUGAAAUUGCAAAGUUCAGUAGGUACAUGUUAUAUGUAGCUAUUAUUGGCACGCUGGGCUCUGAAGAGGUACCUUCUGAUUGUACCAGAAUGCCUUAUCCAGACACUCUGAUAGGUACUUGCCAGAAGAUAUUUCCAGAGGCAUAUCAGAGAGACCUUAACACAGAGCCGCUAUGUCACAUGUGUCAUACAUGUUUAGAAGUGUUGCUGAAAGCGUUAUCUAUACAAGAUGUGCUAUCUCUAACUUCCAGCCUUGAGUCUAAACAACGUCUCACAGACACGAGCUCUCUGAACUCAGCCACUCUAUUCACCGAACUACUUCUUGUGAUCUUGGUGGUGGUCUACGCACUGCCCGCUGAGCAUCAUCAACCUAUUGUAUUAUCAUAUCUGAAUGGCAUUAGGGGACAUAUUAAGAUAAGUACUGAUCAUCUAGAGUUGGUUAUGCUAAUUUAUAAGAGUCUAGACAACCAAUCUGAUUCUGUCUCUGUAUAUCGAUACCAUGUAAGCUUUUCUAUAUUCUUCUUACUCAUUUCUGACGGAGGUAUUCUCAAGGGUGUGUCCACAUCGAGUGGUAUACAGGAGCUAAGUCACAAGCUUGGCUCGACUCUGGUGGACAGAGAACUAGAUCGCUCUGCAGGCUUUUAUCAGAUGGUGACGAUGACCUGGAUUGAUGUCUUGCAAUAUCUUUCUGUACAUUAUGAUGCACUAGGUGCAGAGCACUCUGCAUAUAAGAUGGCAAUAGCAGAGGAACUUCCUGUUACAUGUGAAGCCACGUCCUCCUUUGCGCUUGCAGAGCUGCUCAGCGUAUAUGACUUACUUAACGAUCUCCCAGAGCGCAAGAAAUUAGUGCUAUACAUCUUCCUUAUCACCCUUUGCGCAAGGAGCAGGGGGGCGUCUCUGGAGCAGAUGUGCCUGAUCGUGCCUUCGUUUUCACUUCUGAUUUUCUUUGUGGUUCGUGAGGUUGUCAACUUUGGACUGACGCUGACCCUCUCUCUUCUGGAGACUGUGCUCACGAUGAUCGGUUGUGUCUCUACGUGGGAUGAUAUUGCGGGAAACUUGACAGAAAAGAUAAGCUGUGAUAUCGUUAGCUUUUGGCUAGCAACCGUGCAUCUGUGUGAGCUUUCGGAAGCAUGUUCGCUCUUGAAUGUCUACCCUUCUGUGGCGGAACUUGUUGGACGCUGCAUGGUGGCAUUGGGGUGCUCAGUGGACAAGCCUGAAACUUUCGCAAAGCUGCGUCAUCUUUGGGCGUCCAGGACUGUGCCUACCCUUCGCGACCCUUUUCAGUUCAUUCACGGCAUCAUCACUAGAGUGGAGCCUACGCUUACUGAGCACUUCAUGGACGAGUACAGGAGGUUUCAUGAGCAUAAUCUUUAUGACAUUCUCCAGAAUAGCACCGAUCAUCCGUGGAAAGAGCUUUCUUCUCAUCUUUCUGAUCUUAUGGUUUCUCCUUCAACCGACUCUAUUGAAAAGCGUCUUUCUAAUCUACUACGACUGCUCGUUUUAGAAUAUUUCGAUCAUCUUAACACCAGGCUCAAACCAGCAAAACUUGGCAAAGUAUCAACCCGGGCACUGGCCUCACUGUUCAACACAACCACCAGUCUGCAUGCACUGACAAAGGCCGUUGAGGACAUACUUGCCUCUCUAGACACGCUCAGAGACGAUCUUCCAACGCUUGUUUCCAAGAACCUGCGACAAAAAUUAACCAAGUUUACUCAGUUGACUCGCUUUUUCGCAACCUACACAUAUUUCCUUGCACACGAAGGGAGUGAAGGGCUGAUAGAUCCAUCACAUGCGCACUUACGGUCUCCUAUUGUGGUGCCUCAGUUUGGUAGUUUGUCAUUCUCUGAAUUUACUCAGGCCCAGGAGGAGGAGUACUACACAAUCAUGGUUAUUUCGCUGAGCAAACUAGAUCACAGCUUAAAUGUAAGCUCUUGUACUAUCUCCGCUGACAGUUCUGUAUUGCAUCAGUGGUCAAAGCAGGAGCAGAGGGACAAUGGAAUGCCUCGAGUGUGCACACUUUUGCAGGCUAACAUGAAGAUCUUCACUCAACUAACUUCGUUUCAUGGCAAGAUUUUAGAGAUAGACUUUCACCACGAUGACAAUGUGUCCAAUUCUUCGGCUGACAAGCAAGUAGAGCUAAUUGACAUAAAUUCCGACCCUCUCGACGCCUUGCCAGCGCCCGACAAUAAGCAACGUGUGUCCCUUUCCUCACUCCGAAAGCGGGCACGCGCUCGCUUCAAUCGCGAGACUAUUUCUACGUCUCUCAGUUUGGUAGGAGACAUAAGCGAUGAUAGCUUCCUAGUCUCUCAGGGUAAGCAAAGUACGGGAUGCAUUGGCCGACAAGCAGAUCAGAAGUCUGAGCUUUCACCCAAAGCUGCGCUUAACAAACUCUUGGCCAUAGAGUCUCAAUUACACAGCUAUCUGGAGCUUUCACAGCCAAUCGAACUCCUCAAUAUUCAUGCUCCAUACACUGGACAGCCUCAUACAGAGGAACAAAACGCUCUGCAACAGUUCUGCCAGAACCAUUAUAACAUCGUAGCGCUUAUUUUGGAAACGUAUAAGACUCUAGACACAGGUAACCAGCAGACUUGCGACAUCUCUACUAUCUUAUCAAAGAGAGUAACUCUAUUCACGAGCGCCUGCGUUGGAUACUUCAUGAAGGCAUACAUAGGAGUCCACCCGUGUCCCAUCGAUGUGACGAGCCGGGGCCUGCUCUAUGUUGUGGACUUUUAUGUGUUCAACGGGGUAUAUCGCUUGAUUGAGAUUUCUCACGUCCAAAGACACUAUUCGAUGCUGUUCUACCUCUUCACUGCUAAAGGAUUUCACAUAGAGUCUCUCCUGUACUCUAUUAAUAGAAUGGCUUUUCUGAAAUAUCAAUUUCUCACCCCAUUAUUGGCAUAUUGGAUCCAGUUGUAUAAAAAUUCAUCAGGAGCAUCCAUCAGUAGGCGCAGGCUCCGGUAUCUGCCGUCCAUUCGGAGCCUAGUGCUCGUGGAUGCAGGACUAGCUAGGUCCACCCUCUCUUACAUUAGGGGAGCUGGCCGAACAAAGGUAAGCUCCUUCGCCUUCUCCACCUUUAUCAAGAUGCUAUGCUACAGUUACCGUAUUGAGGCCCAGCUGCCUACCAUACUCAAAAUUCUGAACUUCUCAUUCCCAGCUAAGCUGAGAAUAAUAGAAGAAGAGGCUUCUGCCAAGCUAAAGCUGCUAAAGCCAAUUGUGACAGGCGAGGACGAGGAGCUGGUGGCCCUUCUCCUAUUCAAGAGUGGGAAAUUGGCGCCCGACCUACAGAACGCCAUCGAAGACUACGAGUCUGCCGACAAACUGGUGACAGACGGGCGAGCCAAAGUUAUAAAGUACCCCCUUCCGCCUCAUCUCAAGGAUACAACCAUUUACUAUAGCCCUCGGUGCGAUAUGACAGUCGUCAAGGGCUCUUCACUUGAAGAUCUGGCUAAUAAAAUGCACAACCUCAAAUAUUACAACUGGUGCUACCGCGCUGUGAAAACAAUAUCUUGUGGCGGUUGCUAUAAAGACCCAAGCCCACACGAGCUUACUCAGUUGCGGUACUUUCAGCAAGUCCCCCCAUCAGCUACGUCCCACCUGCUGGUCGCUAGCAAUUACUGGAAGUAUCGCAGCGCUAUCAAUUAUGUGUGUUUUUGCAGUUCUACAGAGCCUUUUCAGGAAGAAAUAUCUGCCAUCCUGCAAAGGGGCCGAUCUAUCUACGGUCUCUACGUGCCUGCGACAUUCAUCCAAACUGUGAGUUUUGCAUUUGCAAAAGCUGGGCACAUCAGCAUAAUCAAUUCUGUGACACUAAGGGCGGAUGAGUACACCCUGUGUACGGAGCAAACAAUCAAAAAGGAGGGUACCCAGCAGCAGUCACAGCCUCCGCUGCCUAUAGACUUUACUGAUGAAUGCACGGUCAAUUCGCUGGCACUGUGGUAUUGCCUGAUAAAGCUAUUACUGUCUAGGGUCUCGAACAUCAUAAUGGAUCAUCCCAUAGAGCCACAGUUGGACGACAUAGUAGGGAGACCCGGCUGCUUCAAGUAUAACGCCACCGGCUUUUCCAUGCCGAUGUUUUCUGCGCAAAAGAGCCACAACACAGCUUCUAGGACAGAGCUGACACAGAAGCUGACGCAGAUAAUGGGCAUAGACAUCAUAGGCGAGGAGGAAUCGCACAGGUUAAACAAGAGCACUGACGACUCAAAGAGAAGCCCAGGAUCUUUUCUUCCAUAUAAUGGCUCAACCUCGCAAUACUUUGAGUGGGCCCAAAUCAAGGGCCGUAAAAACUCAUAUGUACUGGUAUGCAGUUCUCUGUGGCAGCUCGUCAAUAUGGCCUUUGCAGAACGGGGAGUCAUUCACGUCGCUGCCGGCCGCGGCGACAUACCCAAAUAUAUACUCAAUAUUGACGCAGUGCAGAGCAACCGGUCCUUGGAAAUAGCCAUAGACCGAUACCGCUCUCUAUUCAGAGCCGAACUAGAUAGUCUCAAGCUGUCUCUAUUACACGUAUAUCUAGCCCAGAAGAACUUUCUAUGGACAGCACCGGAUACAGAACUGGCCAAGAGCAUAAUCCAGGAACUGCGUAUAUGA